CGCAGGCGCAGAAACCGAGAGCAUCAUGCGGCUCUGUGUGGAUGCUAACCGGGCUGACGUUUCAUUCAAAGAGAUGGCCACUCUGUAUGUGUCCCCCCACCCUGAUGACUUCAGGAGUCUCCUGGCUCUCAUCGCUGCAGAGUUUUGUCCAUCCUCUCGGCCGCAGAUCAUCACAGAGGACCCACCAGCUUCUCUGAAUGCCCACUCCAGACCAGUCAUGGUUCUUCCUGCAGGACAGGGUGACCCAGUCCUGAGUGGGGCUGGUGCUGUCGCUUGGUACUUGGCUUUUCAGGAGAAGAGGGCAGGUUCUGAUUUAAAGCAGCAGAGCCAGGUGUGGCAGUGGCUCAGCUUUGCAGACAAUGAGCUCAUCCCUGUUUCCUGUGCUGUGACAUUCCCUUUGAUGGGGGUGAUGGGAGUGGACAAAAAGGUCCAGCAGAGUUCUCGAGCAGAGCUCAUGCGUGUUCUAAAGGUUCUUGAUCAGGCCUUGGCACCAAGAACUUUCUUGGUGGGAGAGAGCAUCACCCUGGCUGAUAUGGCUGUAGCUACAGCUGUUCUUCUACCCUUCAAAUAUGCAUUAGAACCUUCAGACAGGAAAUCAGUAAUCAAUGUUACCAGAUGGUUCACAACCUGCAUUAAUCAGCCACAGUUCUUGAAGGUUUUGGGGCAGAUUGCACUUUGUGAGAAAGUGGGAUCAGUGACGCAAAAACCAAGUCCUGCUGGAAAUACAAAAGCUUCAAAUACCAGUCCCGCAGUGGACUGUACCAAUGCCAUGGCUAAUGGUCCACCAAAGACGGAGGCACAGCUGAAAAAAGAAGCAAAGAAGAGAGAAAAGCUGGAAAAGUUCCAACAGAAAAAGGAAAUAGAGGCAAAGAAAAAGACUCAAACACCAACAGAGAAAAAGGCCAAACCUGAGAAGAAAGAGCUUGGAGUGACUACAUACAACAUCCCCACCGCCGCUGGAGACAAAAAAGAUGUCAUCUGUAAACUUCCUGACUCCUACAGUCCUCAGUAUGUGGAGGCUGCGUGGUACCAGUGGUGGGAGAAGCAGGGAUUCUUCAAGCCUGAAUAUGGUAGGAAGAGAAUUAGUGAGAAUAAUCCUCAUGGCACCUUCAUGAUGUGCAUCCCUCCUCCUAAUGUGACUGGAUCACUUCACCUGGGUCACGCUCUGACCAACGCCAUCCAGGACUGUCUGACCCGCUGGCACAGGAUGCGUGGGGAGACCACCCUGUGGAACCCGGGCUGUGACCACGCCGGCAUCGCCACCCAGGUGGUGGUGGAGAAAAAACUGAUGAGAGAGAGGGGUCUGACUCGCCACGAUCUGGGCAGAGAGAAAUUCAUCGAGGAUGUCUGGAAAUGGAAGAAUGAGAAGGGAGACCGUAUCUACCACCAGCUGAAGAAACUGGGAUCCUCUCUGGACUGGGACAGGGCGUGCUUCACUAUGGACUCUAAACUGUCCUAUGCAGUCCAGGAGGCCUUUGUCCGCAUGCAUGAUGAGGGAGUGAUUUACCGGAGCAAGAGGCUGGUCAACUGGUCCUGCACACUAAACUCUGCCAUCUCUGACAUAGAGGUGGAUAAAAAAGAGCUCACCGGCAGAACUCUGCUGCCUGUUCCCGGCUACAAGGAGAAAGUCGAGUUUGGGGUCUUGGUGUCUUUUGCUUACAAGGUGGAUGGAUCAGACGAGGAGGUGAUCGUGGCUACAACUCGUAUUGAGACGAUGCUGGGAGACACGGCUGUUGCUGUCCACCCAGCUGACCCCAGAUAUCAGCACCUGAAGGGGAAGAUGGUGCUGCAUCCCUUCUGUGAGCGCAAGAUGCCCAUAGUUUUUGAUGAGUUUGUGGACAUGAACUUCGGAACAGGCGCUGUCAAAAUCACCCCGGCUCAUGACCAUAAUGACUACGAGGUCGGAGAGAGACACAAUCUGGCCUUCAUCAACAUCCUGAAUGAGAACGGCCUGCUUAUUAACGUUCCUCCUCCCUUCCUGGGUAUGAAACGAUUUGAAGCCAGAAACGCCGUCCUUAAGGCGCUCCAGGACAGAGGCCAGUUUAAAGAGGUCAAAGACAACCCCAUGGUUGUCCCAGUCUGCAGCCGUUCCAAGGACAUUGUGGAGCCACUGCUGAAGCCGCAGUGGUACGUAAACUGCACAGACAUGGGUAAACAGGCUGCAGACGUCGUCAGAGAAGGCAAGCUCAAAAUCAUCCCAGAUCACCACCUCAAGACUUGGUUCAACUGGAUGGACAACAUUAGAGACUGGUGCAUCUCUCGGCAGCUGUGGUGGGGUCACCGUAUUCCUGCUUACUUCAUCACUGUCAACGAUCCUUCUGUGAAACCAGGCGAGGAUAUAGAUGGUCAUUACUGGGUGAGUGGGAGAUCGGAGGAGGAGGCUAAAGAAAAGGCAGCGAAACGCUUCAACGUGACCGUGGACAAGAUUUCCCUCCAGCAGGAUGAGGACGUUCUGGACACGUGGUUCUCGUCUGGCAUUUUCCCCUUCUCUAUCUUCGGCUGGCCUAACGAGUCCGAGGACCUGACUGUGUUUUACCCUGGCACCUUGCUGGAGACGGGCCAUGACAUCUUGUUCUUCUGGGUUGCCCGAAUGGUGAUGUUGGGUCUCAAACUGACAGGAAAACUGCCCUUCAAAGAGGUUUAUUUGCAUGCGGUGGUACGAGAUGCUCACGGAAGAAAAAUGAGCAAGUCUCUGGGCAACGUCAUUGACCCGCUGGAUGUUAUCACAGGGAUCUCCCUGGAGGGUCUUCAUGCUCAACUGAUGGACAGCAACUUGGAUGCUCUAGAGGUGGAGAAGGCGAAGCAAGGCCAGAAGGCAGACUACCCAAAUGGUAUCCCAGAAUGUGGAACAGAUGCUCUCCGGUUUGCACUGUGCGCUUACACGAGCCAAGGUAGAGAUAUCAACCUGGAUGUCAACCGUAUCCUGGGGUACCGUUACUUCUGCAACAAACUGUGGAAUGCUGUAAAGUUUGCCAUGAAGACACUGGGAGACGACUUUGUACCGACAGAAAAAGCUCAGCUGUGUGGAGAGGAGAGCGUAUCGGACCGCUGGAUCCUGUCCAGGCUGAGCGCUGCGGUUUCCCUCUGCGACGCCGCUUUCAAAGCCUAUGAUUUUCCAUCAAUCACCACCUCCAUUUACAACUUCUGGCUCUACGAGCUCUGCGACGUCUACCUAGAAAGUGUGAAACCAGUUUUUAUUAAAGCAGAGGAGGACAGCAGCUGCCAGAGACAGGCCCAGGUGUGCAGGCAGACCCUCUACACCUGUUUAGAUGUUGGUUUGCGCCUCCUGUCCCCCAUAAUGCCCUUUGUCACUGAGGAACUCUACCAGAGGUUACCACGACGACAGCCUCUAACCGAUCCCCCCAGCAUCUGUGUGACAUCGUACCCCGACACCAAGGAGUUUUGCUGGAACAGCGAGGAGGUUGAUCGUGAAAUGGAGUUCAUUAUGACGACGAUCAAAACAAUCCGAUCACUCAGGGCUGACUACAACCUGACAAAGACCAAAGCUGACUGUUACCUUCAGUGUGUAGACGCAGCAACUGUGUCUCUGGUGCAGAAAUACACGCUACAGAUUCAGACUUUGUCCUAUUGUCAGGACGUCAUCCCUCUGACAGCCAAUCAGCCGGUCCCAGAAGGCUGCGCCAUGGCUAUUGCUUCUGAAAGAUGUACUGUCAACCUUAUGCUCAAGGGUCUCGUUGAUGUUGAGAAGGAAGUGACUAAGCUGAUGGCAAAGCAAGGUGACUUGGAGAAACAGAUGGAGAAGUUGAGAGAAAAGAUGACUAAGAGUGACUACAAGGAGAAGGUGCCAGUAAAGGUGCAGGAGCAGGAUGCAGAGAAGCUGCGGCAGAGCCAAACUGAACUUGAAAAAGUAAAAGAAGCCAUAGAAAACUUCAGGAAAAUGAUGUGAGAAUGACAACUUCUGCAUUUGACGUUAAUGUAAAUCAGAAUUUACUUUUACUUUUUCUUCAUGUCAUUAAUUUUCAAAUUGACUGUAGUAUG